GCGUACAUAUUACCUCCCCAGACCCCACUUGUGGGAUUACACUGCGUUGUUGUUGUUCUUCUUCUUUUCUUCUUCUGUUUCCCCACACGUUUGAGAAAAACUGCAUCUCUUCUCCCUCACUCGCUCAACACCUCACUCAGCUUCUCCUUUCUCAAAUCUCAAGUAAUCAACCAGACCAAACAUGUUUUUCCACAUAGUAUUAGAAAGAAACAUGCAACUUCAUCCCCGUCAUUUCGGCCGUGAUCUUCGCGAAAAACUCGUCUCCAAGCUCAUGAAAGAUGUCGAAGGCACUUGCAGUGGUCGGCACGGUUUCAUAGUGGCGAUUACUGGGAUCGAAAGCGUGGGGAAAGGUUUAAUUCGUGACGGGACGGGUUUUGUUACUUUCCCAGUGAAGUAUCAGUGCGUUGUGUUUCGACCUUUCAAAGGUGAGAUUUUGGAAGCUGUUGUUACCAUGGUUAACAAGAUGGGAUUUUUUUGCUGAAGCAGGGCCUGUGCAGAUUUUCGUUUCAAAUCAUGUGAGUUUUUCUCGGAUCUUGAAUAUUUAGACCAGCAUAUAUUGCUGAUCCGCAUUCCUGCUGUACAUUUUUUUAGCAUUGCAUACCACUGGGGCACCCUGCUAUAUGCAUGAGUGCAUGGAUCAAAUUUAAAUAUAGAAAUUUAAUAUGAAGAUGAAAUGUAAUUUGCAUG